CACUCUCACCGCCUUUGCAAAACCACCUGCUGGAACCUCCAUAUCCCACGCUCGUUUCCUGAUCUCUAUUUCCUGGAAAUUUAUGAACCUUUCAAUCCACACUGAACAUAGUCCAUUGGGAGCCUUUCGCCCGCAAUUGGCCCCAAACCCACUCGCUAUCGAACGCCCUCGCGCUCUCACCAAGGACAGAGCGCCAUGAACGACCAAUCUGCCACUGCUGAGCUCCGGAACGAGAAGGUCGAAGCUGCACAAGAUUGGUUACAUAAAAGCGGGAAUAAUGUCAAUGAAAUAGAGCACAAGCCCGAGGUUGGACAUCCAGAGGGGCUUACAGCUAGCCCGACCAUCAUAAAGUGGAAAGCCAAGCGGAAAGAUGAUGGCCCGCUGGAAAUCGUAUGUGGAUGGAUUGUGGAGCAUCAAAUUGGGCUAUCCGUCAACCUGUUGAUGCUUCUGAGCUUGACGCAUAUCUGCUUCCCUCGCGCACGAAGGCAUACUCGCAAAUUCUUUGAGCUCUCCUACUAUAAUCCGGAAAGCGGCGAAUACUAUGCGGGAUGGAACGAUGCCUGGAUGGUAUUCUACUGGAUCGUUGUCUUCACAGGGCUCCGUGCCGCAGCUAUGGAUUAUGUCCUGAUGCCACUCGCAAAACGAGGAGGCGUCAAGACGGGAAGGGACCAGACCAGAUUUGCUGAGCAGGCUUGGCUUCUGAUUUACUACUCAGUCUUCUGGACACUCGGAAUGUAUCUACUGGUCAAUUCAGACUAUUGGCUCAACCUCAAAGAGCUCUGGACGGACUGGCCAAACCGAGAAAUCGGAGGGUUGCGAAAAUGGUACAUUCUAGUACAAUAUGCUUUUUGGCUUCAGCAGAUCAUGGUUAUCAACAUCGAGAAGAGACGGAAGGACCACUGGCAAAUGUUUACGCAUCACAUUGUGACGACCAUGUUGAUAUUCACCAGUUACGGGUAUCACCAGACGAAGGUCGCAAACCUUAUCCUCUGCAUAAUGGAUGUUGUAGACAUCUUCCUUCCGGUAGCAAAGUGUCUCAAGUAUCUCGGCUACACCACCAUCUGCGAUAUUGUUUUUGGCAUAUUCAUGUUCACCUGGGUCACUGCCCGACAUGUAUUGUACCUCAUGAUCUGUUGGUCCGUCUACGCCGAUAUUCCAGCCACUAUAUCCUAUGGGUGUUACCGGGGCAAAAACGGAGCUAUCACCGGCCCCUUCCCGCCGCCUGAUCGCUUUGGGCAUCUCAUCGAACCGUUCCGCGACCCCGAGGGUAUUGUAUGCUGGAAUGAUGGUAUCAAGUGGGGUUUCCUUUCUGCGCUCCUCUUCCUGCAGGGUAUUACCUUGAUGUGGUUUUGGAUGAUUCUCAAGGUUGCAAUUUCAGUGUUGAAGGGUGGCCAAGCCGACGAUACGCGGAGUGACGAUGACGAUGACGGCAAGGAGGAAGAGGAAGACAUCACGAAUAAGAAGACCAUUGAGACGAUUCAACAGGUGGAGGAAGUUCAACUACCUCCUUAUGAAGAGGAGGUGGGAGUCGAAGCUAUCAACUUGAAAGGACGGACAAACUCUUCGAGGUAUCGGAAAAGCGCGACUAGUGCAACUGGCGUUAGUUUGCCAGGGCACAGCGACAGGAAGGAAUUGCUGGGACGGAUCGGUUGUGAUAAAGGCGCUUGAGAAGGACGGGUUUUUGGGUUUUUGAAAAAAGCAACACGUCUUUCCUUUGAUG